AAAAUGCAUCAAAUUCUCCAAAUAAACACACACCUCAAAACCCUCUCUUCCAUCCCUCUCUCCUCUCUCUCACAAACAGUAACCUUUCUUGGUUACACUCCACUACCCAUUGUUUUUAUUACCCAAAAGAAACAAAGAAACCCUCAAAAAAACAACCAUUUCAAAUCCACACUUUAUUUUCUGUUUUGAUGAAGAACAAUCAAGAAAGAGAUAGACUCACAACUUCAUUUUAUCUCUCUCUUUUUUGAUCAAUCUCAAAACAGUGAAACACCCUUUUCAAAUUUCUCAUCUUUUUGUUUACAAUUUUGCAUUUUCAUGGAGCAAAUUUGGGGGUUUCUUCAUUUACCCUCUUGAAGCUUAUCUUUUUCACCAAUCUUGAAAUACCCAUUUGGAUUCUGGUAUUCAAAUAGAAACCCAAGAAUCCUCAACGUUCGUAAAGUUUCAGGUGGGCCAUGAAAGGGGAAACGUCGUGGGUUAGUCAUUGUCUGGACGAUAUUUCUAGAAGCAAUGGCGACUUUGAUUCGUUCGCAGAGGUUACAGACGAGGGUAAUAAAGACAAUUCACCUGUAUUACGUGUCGAUUUAAUCCUACCCGAUGAUUUACUAGAACGAAUCCUAGCUUACCUCCCGAUUGCAAGCAUCUUCAGGGUCGGUUGCGUUUGUAAAAGAUGGCAUGAAAUCGUGAGUUCGCGACGCUUUUUAUGGAACGUGUCACCAAUUUCGUCUCAAAAGCCAUGGUACUUCAUGUUCACAAGCUCAGAUGACCCGUUUGGAUACGCAUAUGAUCCUGUCCUUCGAAAAUGGUAUGAAAUCGAGCUUCCAUACAUGGUGAAAACUUCAAGAUGGUUCAUAGCUUCAUCAUCUGGGUUAGUUUGUUUCAUGGAUAACGACACAAGAAGUGAACUUUACGUCUGUAAUUUGAUCACAAAAUGCUGUUUCCGCCUCCGCGAGCCGCCUAAUUUACGGUUUUGUGACUAUUCUGCCCUUGCAAUUUCCGUUGACCGCGUUUCAACAAACUAUGAAGUAACAGUCGUGAAAUCAAGACAAGUUCCCGAUAAUUACUUCCAGUGGGACCUCUCGAUCCAUUUGUACGAUUCCGUGGCGAUGACAUGGACGACACCUGUCAGCGAGAUGCUGACAGGGUGGCGAGGUGGCGACGAGAGCGUGAUAUGUAACGGGGUUUUGUAUUUUAUAAUAUACUCAACGGGGUCGUUUCAAGAGCAUCGACACGGGCUUGUUUGUUAUGAUCUUUCGGGUCGGGUUUCGGGUCGGAGUUUGUUGACACGGGGUUUUGUUUCCGUUCCGUGUUCGCUUACGUGUGGGAGGUUGAUGAAUUUGAAAGGGGAGUUGGUGAUGGUGGGCGGAAUCGGAAAGCAAGAUCGACAGGAUAUCAUCACCGGAAUCGGAAUAUGGGUUCUUGAAAACGGGAAGGAAUGGAAAGAGGUUGGUCGUAUGCCGCAUAGAUUCUUUCAAGGGUUUGGUGAACUUGAUGAUGUUUUUGCAAGUAGUGGGACUGAUGAUUUGAUUUAUAUUCAGAGUUAUGGUGCUCCUGCUCUUUUGGUGUUUGAUUUGAAAAAGAAUCAAUGGAAAUGGUCUCAAAAAUGCCCUGUUACAAAAAGGUUUCCACUUCAAUUGUUUUCGGGAUUCUGCUUCGAGCCUAGGCUUGAAAUUUCACCUUAAUGGUGCUUUUUUAUUCGUAUUUUUCUAUUGUUUUAUGGGAAUUAUGUGUUACACAAGAGAUUUAUGAUACAUUUGCUACAAUCUUGUGUGA